AUUUAAUCCAACCACACCAGACCCGUUUCCAAUGUUCAACUACUAACACUACAAGAUAUAUUCACGACUUCCAUUGAACAAUGGCAUCAAAAAGGAUUUCCCGGGCAGCUGCCCCGCUGUUUACCAAAACCAGACCGGCGAAGCCAUCACUUCCCGUUCAUCACCCGAACGCUGCCAGAUGCGUACACCGAAGUACUCGUCUACCAGCUGUCUCAGCCUCGAAUGCAGGAAGCAGGCCGACGCUACAACCUCUGCAUCAACCCAUGAGCAUGCUGAAGCCGUCGGCAGCUGUUGGUGGCAGCAGGUCCAUCUUCAUCCAGACCGAAAAUACACCCAACCCCGACGCUUUGAAAUUCCUCCCUAACCACCCUAUCCUACCUCCGGGGCUAUCAUCCCCAUUCCUCGAAUACCUGAAUCCUCGGUCGACUGUUGCGCCUCCUCACCCAUCUCCCCUUGCGGCUUCCUUGAUGAAUGUUGACGGGGUCACAUCGGUGUUCUACGGAGCGGAUUUCAUCACCGUCACGAAAGCGGCAGAUGCGAACUGGGCACACAUCAAGCCGGAAGUCUUCAGUCUGAUUACGGAGGCAGUUACAUCUGGUGCGCAGAUUGUCAACAUCACAGAGAGCAAACCCGGGGAGAGCGGCCAAGAAGGAAGCGAAGAAGACAGCCUGAGCUACAACGAGAAUGACAGCGAGGUGGUGGGAAUGAUCAAAGAAUUACUAGAGACCCGGAUAAGACCGGCAAUUCAAGAAGACGGUGGAGAUAUUGAAUACCGGGGUUUCGAGGGAGGCAACGUCCUGUUAAAGCUCCGCGGGGCUUGCCGGACCUGUGAUUCAAGUACCGUCACGUUGAAGAACGGCAUCGAAGGGAUGCUGAUGCAUUAUAUCGAGGAAGUGAAAGGCGUGGUCCAAGUCAUGGACCAGGAAGAAGAGAUUGCAAUGAAGGAGUUUGCUAAGUUCGAGGAGAAGCUGAAGCAACAGAAGGGCGUCAACGAGAUUCCCUCGACUGUCGGGAAGGGAUCAUUAGAUACUGUGGAUGCUUAAGGUCCCCAAGUGGCACGAUACGAAGACCUGUACCUCACAGGGUCAAUGGGGAGGUCGAUGAGGAUGCAAGCAUGACCCGCAUUCGUUCAUGUUUCGUGGCGUAGAUACCUAGGCUAGACGGAGAUGUAUAUAUAUACCUAGAUAUACCACCUACCUAUAGGUAGGAUCAUAGCUAAUCUCAAAAUGAGGUUACCUUGUGUAUUGGUAUCUCGUGGCCACACCACCUCCUUUGCUUUCUGCUGCACCCAGAGCGUCAUGUUUUAUACUCCGCAACGAGCUACGACAGUCCUCUGUACAAACAAGCAAAGCUCGACCACGCUAUCCCUACCCCUACGCACCAACGUAUC